GCUUCACGUCUCUCUCUUAAUUAUUAGACAAAUACAUGUCCACCCCAAUUUUGUUGCUUUCCUUUUGGAAGAGAAUAUCUCCACUGUGUUGUUAUUUUACCCUAGAAUUCCAACUUAAAACACUUUCUCUUUCAUCUUUCUUUCUCUUUCUAUCUAUCUAUCUAUCUGUUAUCUUCUCUUCUCUUCUCUUGCAUCUCAUCUCAGAUAGAUGAUCGCAAGGCCUCUAUGGGAAGAGUCAUGGAAAAACCAACCCAAGAUCUUCUUCACCAGCAGCAACAAGCCCUCAAGUGCCCUCGCUGCGACUCUUCAAACACCAAGUUCUGCUACUACAACAACUACAGUUUGUCACAGCCCAGGCACUUCUGCAAAGCCUGCAAGCGAUACUGGACCAGAGGUGGAACUCUCAGAAACGUUCCCGUUGGUGGUGGCUGCAGGAAAAACAAGCGUAUCAAACGUCCAAACGGUGACGCCUCUCCUCCUUCUUCCUCCACUCCUACCUCCAAUUCAAAUCCUCCUUCACUGCCCCACAUCCCUUCUACUUCAACCGCAAACCAUGUCAGUGUAAACCCUUUGUUUUAUGGCCUACCCAAUACUAACGUUUGUGAUGUCAUGGAUGUUCCUUUCCCAAGGUUUAAUCUUCACUCUCAGCUGAAUGCCCUUGGGUUAGGUUUUUCAUCCGGGGUUAACGUUAUCUCAAGCCAACCCAGUGAUAAUGGGUUUAGUGCUACUACUACCACUACUACUUCCAAUACUAACAACUUUCUUUCUGCUUAUAAUUCCAUCUUUGGUUCUUCUUCCUCCUCCACUUGUGCACCCACCACUCCUGUUAUGGCUUCCUUGCUGAGUUCCACUCUCCUGCAACAGAAGUUUAUCGGUGCUGCUGGGGUGAAGGGUGAUCAUGGUGGCAACGGUUUCCAGGGUUUGGCACCGCUACAAGGGUUGCAAAUGGAAGGGAGUAAUAAUAUUAGCUCAAAAGAAGUGAAAGCUGAAGGACCAAACAGGUUGGAGUUGGAGUGGAGUAAUAGUAACAACAAUAACAAUGGUGGUGGCGGUGCUUGUCAAAACCAGAUGGAGCAUGUGGGCUUGUCUGAUCCUAAUUCGCUUUAUUGGAACACUGCAACCAGUUUGAGUGCGUGGAGUGAUCAACCUAACUUUGGUCCUUCGGUCACUUCUCUGAUCUAGAAAGAUGAAGCAUCGUUUUCAAGCUAUAUAUAUAUAUGAAAUCUCUCUCCCUCGUUUAAUUAAGGGCAUGUUCUGGUUCUUUAGGCUUAGUUUUCGCAACUUUUAUUUUGGGGUGAAAGUGGGUUGGAUUUACUACUUACAUUGAAAAGAAAAAAAAAAUAUAAGAAAUAAAAAGAAGAUAGUUGAGAUGAGAGGAGUUUGGGAUCGGAGCGAUCAUGUCAGCUGCAAGAAAGUAACUAGACUUGAGCCUGUUAGUUUUAUGUGUCAGGGUUGAGAAUUGGUUAAUUGCGCUGAGAGGAACCUCGGAUCCUCUUCUCUCAUCAUAGUCUCUGCACAGCGUUUUGUUUCCUGUGGAGAUCAAAAGGAGAUCCUCUGGUGCAAGUUCUCCACAGUUGAGUAAGUUGGUCCUUUUCAUCAAUGUAUAUACACUAUGCAAUGACAUGUCUUCUUUUGCUUUUCUACUGUCUGAUGUAUUGCGAUUUUAGUUAGCUGAGGUGGGGUUUAAUCACUUUGUAUAAUAUAAUGGUUCCAUUUUCGUUAACUUUGUUUAGGAUUAUUGCAAGUGGAGAGAAGUAGGGUAAUUAUUAUCCGGGGCAUAAUGAUAUGGUAUAGGAGAGAGGGAGAUUAAUUACUUGAAACGGGUGAUUAAUGUAUGUGGGGUUGGCUUGGGUCAUGUACUGUUUGGUUUUGUGGUUCUUCUCUAUUGGUAAUUCAAGAUACUUUGGUUCUGAAA